AUGUAGUGAUUUCAUUUAAUCGUAUUCAUUAAAAAAUUAUCGUUUUGUUCCUUGCAGUGGCCGUGGGUGUUUAUAUUUUUAUUUUGAUAUUAAAAUACAAAGAAACUAUCGAAUUUAAAUGUUUUCAUCUCGAAAAUAUUGAUUGAUUUCUAUAUUUGUUAUUGCGACCUCUUGAAACGUAAGUUUUCACUUUGAUUUACUAAAAAAAAGGAUGAAAUAUCCACACACGAAUCAUCAACGACAUUUUCGUAACAAAGUUACGAAUUAUCGGCGUUUUAGUAAAUAGAGCAUGUUUAUAAUUAAAGUAGGGUUUAUCUAAAGUUAUCGUGUGCGUUUAUUGUCCGUAAAUUAAGCGUUGGUUGUUGUCAUUUCGUGUUAAUUUGUUCUUCCUGUGUUAUUCAGAUGCCUCUCGCUGUGAGUAGCGCGGUGGUGACGCGCGCGGCGCAGGAUGUCGGAAGAACAGGCGUGCCUUGUGCGCGCCCGGUCAGAUUCUGAAGGCUCGUCCAAGCACAGCUUCGGAACUAUGACUUAUACUGAGGAUAGACUUAGCGGCACAGAGAGCGGUGGUGGUGAGCCAGGCAACACGAGCCACAUGGCCGCCAGCCCGCCCGACCACGCCACCGACGUCAACGAGAGCGGAGAGCUCCUCGACUACAACGACUCCAGUGUCCUCGAACAGUUCCACGAGGAUGCUCUGCGACAGGCGGGCUCCGGCCUAGCGCAGGCGCGAGUAACACUAGCUGUGUUCCUGGCGAUAGCGGGCGCCUCGCUAGAGCUCUCUGCCAUCCCCUUCAUACUGCCCUCCGCGGAAAUCGAACUCUGCAUACUACCGCACGAGAAGAACUGGCUAAUAAUGAUAAGCCUAGUAGGCGGGUCACUAGGCGCGGUGGGAUGGGGCGCACUGUCGGAGAGGUUGGGACGGAGACGAUGUCUAGUCUCUUGUUUAGCCGUCAACGCAGUCUUCGCUGCCAUAGCCGCUUUCAUGCCCACUUAUGGGACUUUUAUGAUGGCCAGAUUCUGUUCGUCGCUGGGGUCCGGCGGCAUAGUGCCGACGUCGUACACGUACUGCGGCGAGCUGUGGUGGCGCGCGCGGCGCGGCGCGGCGCUGGGCGCGCUGGCGGCGGCGGCGGGCGCAUGGCGGGCGCGGGCGGGGCGGCCGCCGCCGCGCUCGCCGCCGCCGUGCUGCCGCAGACCGGCGCGCACACGCUCAUCGAGAACAAGGAGCACUUCAGUGCGUGGCAUCGAUGUAGAUCUAUGUCUGUAG